AUGUACGACAGGUCCACCCAGAUCCUGGCGGUAUGCGUCUUAUUCUUCAUUCUUUCUUGGCUUUCUGUGGGAUUACGCGUAUAUGUAAAGUCUCGAUUACUAAAACAAGUCGGCUGGGAUGAUGCAGCCAUGCUUGCGACUUUGCUCCUCUUCACAGUUUACCUAUCAUGUCAACUCGGUAGUCUUGCACAUGGUAACGGCAGACACCGUGCAACCAUGACUGAUGCAACAGCCCAGAUUGGAUUGAUGUACUGGUUCUUCUGUGAGCUGUUCUACACGUUGUCGACCUCGAUGUUAAAAAUCGCUAUCGGACUCUUCUUCCUACGCAUUGCCGUCAACAAAUGGCAUAUCUUAAUCAUAAAGACUAUCAUGUGCUGCAGCGCCGUGCUUGGUCUCGCGUACUUCUUCAUCGUUCUGUUCCAGUGCCACCCAAUCUCUUUCUGGUGGGACCUCAACCCCAAUCACCAUGGACGUUGCAUGAGCGCUUCAGUCUUUUCCGUUGCGGGUUAUGUCGUCUCAGCCUUGAACUCGGUGGCAGAUUGGAUCUUUGGUGUGCUACCAAUCUUCAUCGUCAAAGAUUUGCAGAUGCAUCGUCAUCAAAAAGCCGUCGUGGCGAUCAUUCUCGGUUUUGCUGCAGUUGGAAGUUCUGCGACCAUCAUUCGUCUACCUUAUGUCUGGACUUUGGAACACUACAAGGGCGAGUUCCUCUGGCGCACUGCCGAUGUCGCCAUCUGGACUACUGUCGAGGUUGGAAUCGGCAUCACCGCUGGCAACCUGGGCACCCUGAGACCACUGUUGCAGCGU